AUGGGUCUCAAAGAAUCAAGUGGAUUCUGCGUCAACAACAAGACUUCCGAAACUCUCUCCGGACGCCCGGACUCAUGUUUCGCAACGUCAGGUCCAAACUGGCUAACUCCAAGACGAUCAAGCAACUCCGUCUACCAGAUGGACUUCCAGCCCUACAGACGCAAACAAGUUGAUGCAAAUGAAAGUGGUCCGGCCAAACUGAUGUCUGAUGGCUUCAUCGUAAACAACAAAGCCCAACAGGACUUUGUGCCAAGACGAACUGAUAAGGCGAGUGCGCUUUCUUAUUUUCCUAUUUUCUUAUUUUCCUAA